ACCCAGGCACCCAGACACACACACUCACACCCCCAGAGGCACACUCGCCCCCUGACACUCACCCCCUGACACUCACCCACUCACUCACACACACACACCCGGGGUGUUUUUGCUUUCGAUAUCUUGACCUCCCGGCUGGUCCGGAGCGGGGCGGACCCAGGGCCGCCGAGCCGAGUGCAGGGCCCGGCCUCCGGCAUGUGGGGCCCGUCGGCGACAUGACGGCUCGGCCGCCCCCGGGACUCCCCCACCUGCUGUUGCUGCUGCUGCUGCUGAGCGGGCCGCCCCCAGCCCCCGCCUGCGCCUUCCGCUACAGCCCCGUCAGCUCCAUGUUCGGACUGCACAUCCACAACCUGGCCCAGUACCUGCUCCAGGACUACCCCGUCAGCGUGGUCACCAACCUCCAGACUGACGAGCUGUGCUGGGAGCUGUGGCACCUGUCGGUGGCAGAGGACCGGCUGAAGCACUUGGAGCGGAUGUCCGGGCCUCGGCUGCGGGAGCUGGUCCACAAGGUCCAGGCUGAAGUCGACUUCGUCAACGACUGUGGCUUCCAGCGCCCCCAGAAGUGCGCCAGAUUCCAGCAGAUCAACAUCUCGCAGUUCCUGGGGGACGUGUCCCAGCAUCUGACCUCCCUGCGCCCCAAGAUCACCAGCCUCAACUUCUCCAGCUGCCUGGAGCUCCGCUGUGUCCCUGAUCCCCCCACCUCAGCUCCCUCCUCCGGCACCCCGGGCCCCCUGGGCAGCCAGGCUCCGCUGUCCCGGGGCCUCCUCCUGACCCCGCUGUGGCUGUUCCUGCCCGGGCUGACCAUGGGAGCACUGUGGGGACUGUGGAGGCUGUGGAGGAUGCGGAGCUGGAGAGGACAGAGCCAGCCGUGCCAGGGGACGUCUCAGAUCCCCACAGAUUCUCCCCUCCCGAGGAGACCGUGCUUAUGACCCCCUGCCCACCCUGAGCGGGACUGAGAGCGGAAGCAGAGAGACAAGGAAACAAGAAGGGGGCUCCAGCUGGGCGCGGGGCAGUCCGGAGCAGGCCGAGCUUCACCUCCCCCAUCCUGCACCUGCCCACCCGCCCCCUCGCGCGUCAAGCCGAAAGUUGACAUGGAAAGAUUUUUGCAUUGACAAAGCUGUGAGAUGCUAAACCACAUCUCAUCCCGCCUUCGACCUGCAAAAAGCCACCUCCUCCUCCAGGCAGCCUUCUCGGAUUGUGGACUCCUUUCAGCCGCUCUAGCAACUGUGUAUUAUCUCUGUAAAUCUCGUGUAUAUAUUUCAGUUCUUGGUUUUAUGCUCCUGGCACGUGCACUUUUGGAGUAAUUGAAAAUCGAUGUGGUUCCUGCCUCCCGAAAGAGACUGUAAAAUCUUCCAGGGCAGGGGGGACUAUCUCAUUCCUCCUUUGUAAUUCCUGUCAGCCCUCAGGGCCCAGGGUGCCCCCCUUCCUCCGCUGACCCUCAAUAAACAUCGAUAAUGAUACUGAAGACAA